AUGACCUUCCGCUUUUGCGCGGCAAAGAAGGGCCGAGGCACCGUGUCGAGAUUACAACGUUUGAGCGCUUCAUCGACGCUUCUCGAAGCUUGUUUCUGUCCUACCUAUCAACGCUUCGUGUGGACGCCUCCCGCCUUGAAGUUCCAGAAGGUGAGCACUUCAAUCCUCCUUCACCCCUCGAGCCCAUACACCAGCAGUGACUGACCCUCCCCCAUUGGCAACAGCGGCAGCAGCUCAAACCAGUUCCGGGGAGCUCUUGACUUCGGCGAACGGGCUCGGUCUCGACCCCACCUGCCAGCUGGCGGACUCCGCUCGACUGAACUUGGCCGAGCGAUCGCGCGUGCCACCUUUCACAACCACUCCUUUGCAUUGCCGCUCCUUCGCUCCAAUCCAUCAUUCGAUACCCAUCGAGAGGUCUACGAACAUCUCGAUCUGAGGUGUCAUGUUCUCCCGUUUAACCGCGAUGUUGACGGCUGGACCCGAAAGCGCAGCUGCGGCGAUUCAGCCUACUCGACCCCACCUUCGAUACCUCCUCGCGGCGGCUCGACCUCUCGGCCCGGAUCGACUACGACGACCCCAUUGAGCAAUCUCUCCGAUUCGCGCGAUUCACCUUCCUCAAGAAGAGAUCGAGAUUGGGUCCCUUUAUUCGUUUCACCCUCACCUGAUUCCCCUCUCGUCACUUCUACGGCUUUACCGAGCCCUUCGCCGAGAAGGCAGACUUUUGGUGAACUCUUACCGACCGCUCCUGGGGUAGGGAUGAGGAGGAGGGAUUCUUCGGUGAUGGAGGUGAUGGAGUAUCACGACACGCUUUCGUCGUUGAGCUCUUCACCUAGUCGGCGAUCGUCGACGAACGCGACGUUGGGGUCAAAUGAUAUGUUGCCGAUCAGUUGGCCAGGUUUGGAACCGAGUCGGGGGUUAGGGACCAGUUCGACGAUGAGCUCGGAACCCGGGCUGGUGGGGAUCUCGUCGAGCUCGAAUGCAUCACUGCUGCAACAUCGCAAAGCGGGAGGUGGAAUCGAUAUCGAUGUUGAAGAUGGUCGUCGUCGUUUAUCGAGAAGACCAUCUGCCGCCAGCAGCUUCAACAUGGAAUCCAGCGACCCGACGAACGGGCUGGCAGCCUCUUCCGUGGGGAUGCAGAAACUUCCCAGUCUUACUUCAGUCCUGCACAACACUCUGGACGGGAAUAAUGGCGCUUCUUCCUCUUUGUUGAAAGCCGGAUUGAGCAAGUUGCCGAGGAAACGAAGUUCGCUCAAAGGGCUCGAAUCACCGACGAUCCUCGGCCUGCGACAGCGCCACCCGAAACGCUCCUUCAUUCGACUCGGCGGCCUAUGUUUUUGUGCGUUCAUGAGCAUCUAAAUCGGUCGCCACAUUCUCCAGCUUGUCUUUCCCUCCAAAACAGCCUCGAAACAACGCUCUUGGCUGCCUUCGAUUCCACAACCCAUGACCCUCUUCGAUACGUUCGAAACGGUGUCUUACCCAAUCAAAUCCCAUCCCCGGACCCCCAGAGAGGACGAGUACGCUUAUACGACCUUCGUCGACUACCUCACCACCCGACUCGGCUCUCAUUUCUCCUACGCUACGAGCGCUCGACGAAAAAGACCUUCUCAUCUUUGGCUUACUACAGCGACGAACGAGAGCGUUCGGAUCUCGGCACCUCAUUUGGAUGGGUUCGUCAGAGCUUUAGACGAAGGGGGGGAUUCAGCGACGUCGAAGGAUAUAGAAGGCGAAGAGGCGAAUUCGUUCGCGAGGAGGAUGUUAGUCACGCUUUGUAGGGAUCAGGGGUGCGUCGAGUAUUGUAGAGAACAUCCGAGGAUGUUUUGUUGGGGUGGGAUGGUGCCUGAAGGGCAGGACGAGAGGAAGGUCAAACUUAGAGCGAUUGUGGAGACACUGGGUAGUAGGAGGAGGUUGUUCUUCGUUGAUAGGUCAGUCGGUUCGAAUCGGCUCGUGAGCGGUCUGGGUUCGAUGGCUGAUCAAGCCUUUACUUUUGCGAACCGCGCAGCGAUGUGUUCUUUCGAACGUAGGUCUGUUCACUCUACCCCGGACCACGCUGAGAUUGACUCAAAGAAAUCGUUUUUACAGCGACCCUGUUCCCCAUAUGGGCCCUUUGGCCGACUACGACAUGCAAAUCACCGACACUUGGAAGACGGGGGCCCUGCAAGCCGUGAGUCAGCUCAACCGCCCCUAUCCUCCCUCAGCUCUCAUCGCUCAGCUCUUUUCGUACAUCUACCCCAGGGCUUCAUCUUCCUCAACCCAACCAAACACGUCAUAUCCCUUUUCCAAAGGCUGUUGGACCUCUCCCGAGGCCCCGACGAAGAAGAUCAUAUUUGGCGCACCACGAACCUACUCCUCGACCCCUCCGGAGCACGUCGCGAUACGGCCCACGUCGCACCUCCGCAUUCACCAGGCGAAGAUGAGAAACUGUUCGUCGAACGAACAGGCGCGGUCGAUGAUGCGGUAGACAGUUUGUACGGUCAGGCCGAACUCGAAAGUGGGUGGGGGGGAGGAAUCGACGUCAAGGUUUUGGAGAGGAAGAAGUUUAGGACGAGUACGGGGAGGUUAGCGAGGAUGGAGUGGGAGAGGGAGAAGAAUGAACAGGCCGUCUAUUUUCAUUGUAUUUGUUGUGGCGAUCUGGUGAGUGGGUUUCUAGUUUUGUUCAGAGAGUUGGAUGGGAAGGUUGUACUGAUCUUCAUUGGCAAUCGCAGGCGAGUCAAUCCUACAUCGCUGGUUCGUUAGGCUACCACAGUCCGACCGUCGUUUACCCCUCCCUGGAAGACGACCUCGACGCGCAAUCCAAGCGUCUCCACGAACAUCGCCACGUCGUACUUCCGUCCUCGAUCCCCUCCCCCCUUAGUUCCUCUCCCAACGGUCCCGUUUCGUUCCCCCAAGUGCUUCGAGCCCCUCACCUAAUCGGUAAUCUCACAACGCUCCAAUUCGUCAUGGGUCUCCUCCUUCAAGCCGCGCACGACUCGGGCCGAACGUUUGUGCCUCCAUUAAAAGGAACGAUCCUAAGCUCUUCCAACCUCGCCACGACCCAUCAAUCCCAAUCUUCGACCACCGAACGUUACAUCUGGCGAAUCUUCCCCACCUCUUUUUGGGCUAACCAUCCUUCCCACGUACCGGGUCAUCAAGUCCUCCUCACCGAACCGCAUUACGUUUCGCACGCGAUCGAACAUUUGAGACAAACGCAUUCUUCGUCCGAAGCGGGGAUGACGGCCUUGGCUGAAGUAUCGGACGUGUUGUGGUUGGAUUUUAGGACGAUGCGGUCUUAUGAGGAGAUGAUUAGGGUCUUGACGAGACCUUGUUUUAGUACGACCAGGGUCGUGAAUGUAGAAUUCGUCGAGUGGGUUCAAGGGAAGGAAUAUUGGGGUUUGAGGGAUGAGUUUAAGGAGGUGGAGAUGUGUGAGAUGGUGGAAGAGGAGGGGGAGGGUUGUAGGGAUAUCUGUCCGAGGAAGCUGAAGGAGGUGCAAGAGGUGGUCGGAACGGGUCUUUAG